UUUCGUGCGCAGGUGUACGGGAGGACACAACCCGACAAGUGUCGAAGGAGAUAACAAGAAGCGCCAACAAGAAAGAGGAAGGAGCACAAUUAGCAGCCGUGACGGUGUCGAUGCCCUUAAGCCGGUCCCCUACGCUCGCCCACAGCAGUCCCGUGCAGUAGCCAGACGUCAAGUUGGGAAAAAAAAAACGUCGUCUCGCACAAGUGCAGCUGCAAAAAUGAUACUCCGUCAGAUCUUCCUCGCGACCCUGUCCAUCUUUUUGGUGCUCGGGUAUGACAUGGAGUUCGCGGCUGCCGAGGACUGCAGUGCCUGCGUGCAACUCACGUCGCACACGUUUGACAAGAUUCUCCCGAAAUUCAAAGCCGUGCUGGUGAAGUUCGACGUCGUGUACCCCUACGGCGACAAGCACAAAGAGUACACGGACGUGGCCGUGAGCACGAAGGACUCGCCGGACCUCCUGAUAGCGGAGGUGGGCGUCAAGGACUUUGGUAACAAGGACAACCAGGACCUGGCCAAGCGGUUCGGCAUCAAGCCGGACGACUACCCUACGCUCCUGCUGUUCGUCAACGGGAGGAAGGAGCCGUACAGGUUCGUCGCCGAGAAGGACGACGAGUUCACCGCGAACAAUAUCAAGAGGUUCAUCAAGAAGAAGACCAGUUUGUACUUGGGUCUGCCAGGGUGUAUAGAGAAGCUGGACCAGCUGGCCGACGAGUUCAAGGCCAACGAGAAGGACAGGAAGGAAAUCUUUAACAAAGCGAAACUCUUUGAAGAAACUUUACCAGAAGAGCACCGAGAAGCGGCAAAGGUUUACAUAAAAUUGAUGGCUAAGAUAUUAGAAAAAGGAGACGUAUUUGUACAAACCGAACAGACGAGACUCGAGAAUUUGCUGAAAGGAAAGCUGUCGGUCGAAAAGAAGAAAACAAUGGAAGAAAGAAGAAAUAUUUUGCAGUCGUUCAUGUUCCGUGAUGAGUUGUAAUUUAUAGAAAAGGGAAUGAACUGCACUAUUUUCACUCGAGUUGGCGUUUGAAUUAGUUGGUAGAUUUUGUGGAUUGAGUCAUAAGUGUUGUCGUAUUUACAGGGAAAAACAGAAAAUAACAAAUGUACAGAGUGCAAUAACACAAGUUUUUCAAAUAUAAAUGUAUUGUUUGAAUUUUACAUAUAAUUAAAAGCGCUCAAAUUUUUUAAAAACUCAAUGUGAGUUAAACAGACGUUUAGCAUUAAGUUUCGGUAUGUGAAAGAAAUAUGAACACAUUAUUUCA